AGCACUUUGGGCCCAGUGUGGCCGCCAUGGUGCGGCAUGAGCCACUCGUAAGUCUGGAUAGCUGGCGCGGGGUGCUUCGUUGUCAGCAUCAUCUGCAGGACGAUCGGGUCACCGAUCUGGAGCUGUACCGCAAGGACUAUCAGAGCUGUGAAACCGUUGACCUGGCGGAAAACAAGUUCACACACGUAGCUUUGCGCUACAUCCUGCCUUACUGUUUGCAAUUCUCAGGACUUGAAGUCCUGAAACUGUACAAGAACGAUAUCGGUGAUGCAGGUGCCGAUCUCUUAGCGGACUUCUGUGAACGGAGCCCCGCCUUGCGAGAGCUGCAUCUCUCCCACAAUCGCAUCAAAGCCCAUGGUGCGGUGGUCAUCAUCCAUGCAGCUGAAAGAUCCAGGAAAGCUGCCUGCACCCCUCUGUGGCUGCGGCUGGAGCGCAAUGCGGUGGAGCACGCCAGUGACAUCGCCGAUGCACUGCAGCAGAGGCUCAGCGUGUGCCUCCGAUGUGACAGGAGAGUAUGCAAUCGAGGCUUCUGCAUUCAUCACUGCAAAGUGCACCUUCCUUUCUUCCUCUUACAAUUCGAUAUGCCCGGAGGUGCUCUAAACGAGGUGCACACCAAGCAGGAACCGGACAGCUGGUUGGAGCAAAUCCCAAAGAGACCACGGCUGGAAAAGAGCGAUACGCCCGAGACGGGCAUUAGUGAAUCUGAAUCCAGUGAUUGGAUUCCGCCUCCACCACCGCUGCCGGGGACCUCCUCACCCGACUUGGACUCCACGAAAGUGCGGUUGUUUAAUAGACAUAUCGGUCACCUUUCCUUGGGUCAGGGCAUCCAAGAUGCGCUGCUGCCUCAACAGCUUCAACCUCUCCCUCCGCCUGCUCUUCGGCCCCCGCGACCGACGUCAGCGGCGGGCGCGGCCUUUGCCGCAAACACCGUGAGGAACGUCCUCAGCAAUCCUGGGCGAAGAAGUAAUCGAAAGCAGCCUGAAGAGAAGGCCGAGUUUCCACCCAAGCCAGCGCCAGCGGCGCCAGAAGCGGAGAGCCCACGGGUGAAACCCAGCUGCGCUGUUCCGGGGCACCGCACGGCAGGUCCAGACCCCGAGGCAUCUCCCAAGCUGGCCGUGAAUUUGGUGUCGCGGCAAGUGGUGCAGAGCCGGAAGACAGGCGCGCACGAGCAGGCCUCAGUGGCUAUGAAAGCAAAAGUUGAUGAGUUGAAAGCAUGGCAGCACUAUUUGGAGGCACGCGAGCGCUUCAUGAGCCUCUGCGAAGAGAUUCCCACGCCAUGCUCGGAUGAGGAGGAGACCAAAGAGGGAGAAGGGCGUGAAGUGCACUGGCAAAGCACCUGAGCCGAGGUUUAGAGUGAUCAGCGGGCAUGUCUUCAACAAGCCCAGCUGAAGAUGCCUAAUUAAUUAUUUAUGGUCAAGUUAUGCGAUACACG